UCCGAUGUGCAGUUGCAGCCCGUCCACUAUCAGCUUCGACAACCACAAUUUUCUCAGGGCUGCGGACUUUUAUGUUUGCGAUUUUGUAAUCGUUCUCAAUUCCAAAUAAGGGCAGUAAGUUUUCUUUUAUGAGACAUUAAAGGAAGAAAAACCAAGAUGGGUUCCAGUCCAUGAUUCCAUCAUCCGCCAUACGAAACUGAUGUGUGCGUAUGUUGCUGAAAAUCUUCAUGGAUUUUUAUUUCUCUUUGCCAGCCUGUGAUUGCCUGGCCGAUCCAGAAUCCCGAGCUUUAUCUUGAUCUCUCAAAGUUUAUAAAAGCAGCUAUUCAUGUUGCUCUGAUUUUAUCAGAUUAAUAUGGCUAUGGAUCUUCAGGAUUUGGAAUUACCACCAGCGCGUAAAAAGCGGAAAAUAAGCCGUUAUUUUCCAGCUUUUCUCGCAUGGUUCCUGAUUAUUGGAGCCACCGUUGUAUAUUUUGUCUUUCCGGGAAGUGGGUUCGCGCACCGCUAUGCGCUCAUUGCGCCCUACAUCCUAUCCGUACACGCUGUGAUUGUUGUCAUUCUCAUUGCUAAUCUGGCCAUCGCUACCUACAUGGAUCCUGGUUUUCUGCCAAAAGCUCUUCACGACGAAGUUCCUGCGGACGACUUUCGCUCACCGUUAUAUAAAACGGUGGACAUCAAGGGUGUCCAGAUUCGGUUGAAAUGGUGCGUUACCUGCAAUUUAUACCGGCCACCCCGGACCUCGCACUGCAGCACCUGUAAUCGGUGUAUUGAGGUGUUUGACCAUCACUGUCCUUGGGUGGCUAAUUGUGUGGGUCGACGGAACUAUCGGUACUUUUUGUAUUUUCUGAUCUCCUUGUGCUUGCACAUGAUGGCCGUCUUCGGUGUGAGUCUGCAUCAAGUUAUACGGGAAAGCGGGAAUCUUGAUCAUCCAACACAAAUCGCCUCGAUAGUGCUCAUGGUACUGAUUGGAUUGUUAAUAUUCCCCAUUGGUGGAUUAACGUGCUUUCAUUUCCAUCUCGUAUCCAAGGCCAACACCACUAAUGAACAGGUGACGGCAAAAUUUAAGAAUUCUUUGAAUCCGUACGACAGGGGAUGCCCAAAGAAUUGUCUUUUCACAUUUUGUGGUCCGCUUUACGGAAAAUACACGCCUGCAGCGGAUCUGAAUAACGUGACUGUUCAGCGGCCCAAAGAGCGUGUGCCGUUUUCGCCUUCAGCCUCACCUACACAAAUACGUGUGGAGAUACCGAAAUUCCCAGAACCGGAAAAGACUGAUAACGUCACCGUGAAGUAUAAGGUGCCGGCAGCAGCUAGACCCUCGGGUGGGGCUUAUGCACUAAAACCCAGUACUGCCGAUUACGAUAACAUUCCGCCGCGCUCACCUGAUGUUCCCACGGCUGUCCCGGCGGUUAGUCCACCGCUGCCGGUGGUGGAUAAUGCUUUUGCUAACCAUAAACCGCCCGUGACCGGCACCGGCGCUCCUCCCAGUUACGCUCAAUCCAGUAUUAAAUCGAAGAUGCAGCCUGUGAUUGCAGAGCUUAUCGCGCGAGCGCCCUCUUCGUCUGUCAGUAGCGCAGAGGGUUACGGCAGCAUCGAGGAGCCCCUCACCGCCACGCCUUCGUUCAAUAGCCACACCAGUAAAGAGUCCCAUAUUACCCCGUCUAGCGGCGAUUCCACCGCCACCAAAAUGAACCAUGGAAUAUUGCGGGCUACGUCAAGGCAGGACUCGGUGCUGACAUCUAGCGCCGCUAGUACCGUCAGUACGUUGGAUCGAACAUCGGCGGAACUGCAGCAGAGGAUCUUUCGCGCGGUCGACGGACGGCAGAUAAACAGUCCCCGACAUUCCACUCGCAAGAGUAAAGCGUACGGGAAUAUGCUGAAGGAGGAUGUGGGCGGGACGAUGCGCGCGGCACGGGGCGAGGACGGGAUGGGGUCGUACGAACGCGGGAAAGCCGCGCUGUCUUCCAGGGCGGUUAGCACGUCCAAUUUAGUCUCGCAGGAGUUGCCGCUUGUGUCGUACAAGAAGAAUCCAGCACUGACGUCACAGCCGUCGUUAGUGCACAUGGAGAAACCCCGAAUGCAGCCGCGUCCACCGUCUUUCGUACAGGCGCUGGAAACAACAGACUCAAUUGAGCAGCUGGCGUUGUUGGGGCAGGGACCCGUUAAUUUUCGGGAAAGGGAUGAACUGCGGAAACAGAAAUUAAAGCCAAAUAGCGAACAUUAUGGGGAAAUUUCAGUAUAAUUUAUUCUUUAACUUAAACAGUUAUUUGUUGUUGAGUUGUGCAUUUUUAUCACUUGGCAGCUUCUCGGCUUGAGUGAGUGAGUUGACCUAAUCCUGUGUUGCGAUCUCCCAGUUUAGUAACGGCUGGAUUUGCAGAUGAUGUUGCUUUUCACCUUCGAGAUUUGUACCCGAAUGUGGAGUUUGUGGUGGUUUUAUUUUUUUAUGGAUUUUAAGCUUUGUGCAUAUGGUGAUUGUGCUAACAUUAACCAUUUUAAAUGAAGAUUGAAUCUGUCCA